AUGGAUUACUGCAAAAUUCCUACUACUUCUUUCAAGAAGGCCUGUCAUGCUUUUACCAUCGAGAUGCUUGAGACUAACCCACGGACGCUGCGCGAAUGGGGACGUCGUCUUGAUGCCAAUGUCAAACAAGACUUGAUUGUCGAAGACUACCCUAGUCUAGAAGACAAGGCCGAAUUUGAUACUUUCCAGCGCAAAUGGCAAUACCUGUUUGCCUAUGCGGGCGCUGGUUUUGCCAAAGAUUACCACAUGCUAACAUUCACCCGUCCGAAUGACUGCCCUGCCACCUGCGACUGA